AAUGAAUUCAGGCCAAAUACCAGGUAGGCAGAUGGGCGAUUGUGACUCUUUCAGUUUCUCUUUUGACCCGGGUGCGUGGUUCCUCUCUCUGCUUACGAAACUAUACCUCUAAUAAUGAUAAUGAUGAUAAUGAUAAUGAUGAUAAUGAUAAUGAUGAUAUAUAUGUAUGUAUAUAUUUAUCCCUUCCUCAUAGCUCUAUACAACUAUAUAUAUAUAUUUAUAUAUCAGGAAUACCAUGGUUGCAGAGGUUCUUGUAGAAACUCCUUACUCACAAACAAGUAUAUGCAAGAGAAUAACCUCCAAUUAGGCUUGUGGCUUUUUUACUGCUCAAGAGUAGACAAUGCUCCCUACUUCCCCUCAGUAACCAUCAAAGUAUACUUCGCAGGUAGUUACUGUUUUUAUUUUUUUAUUUUUUUUAUUUGAACGGUUCGAUAUCUUAAUUGGAACGAAUGUAGUGGAACAAGGACACGUCAACUUUCGGUUCGGUGAUGACUAAGAGACCUUCAUGUGUAAAUGUAAUAAAAGCCAUGUGCUUUAAUACUUUCCAUAUUUGAUAAAGGGUUUUUGUGAGAUAGAGUGGCUGAAAAGACAACUGGGCCUGGUCAAAGCCAUUCUUCUCACUCUUUCGCGAGAAAGUUUUCCCCUCUCCGUCAAACUCAUUCCCCUUCAACAAUCAG